AUGGCGCACCAUGGCAGGGCCAAGGGCAUCGUCGACGUGUCGUCCAGUGACGCCGCCAGUAGGAGCACAACGAAGGAUACCGGUGUUAAGGUGGUCACCAAACAAGCUGAUAAUGCUCCUGCUGCGGAUCAGAGGGCUUAUGAGAAGCACACCAAUGAUUCACUGGAUGUUAGCUGCCUCAUGCUUGCCUGUAUGUCCUCUGAGCUUCAGAAGCAAUAUGAGAACAGGGAUGCCCAUGAUAUGAUUGUGGGACUCCGAGGCAUGUUUGAGAACCAAGCUCGGGCCGAGAGGUACAACACCUCAAAGUCCUUGUUUGCGUGUAGGUUAACAGAAGGCAGUCCAGUCAGUCCUCAUGUGAUCAAAAUGAUUGGUUACAUUGAGAGCCUGGAAAAACUUGGUUUUCCCCUUAGCCCUGAGUUGGCUACGGAUGUAAUUCUCCAGUCGCUCCCUGCGAGCUUCGAGCCGUUCAUUUUGAACUUUCAUAUGAACAGCAUGGAGAAAAGCAUGGCUGAAUUGCAUGGGAUGCUAAAAACUGCUGAGGAAAGCAUUAAGAAGAGCUCUAGUCAUGUGAUGAUGGUUCAAAAGGAUAGCAAGAAGAGAAAGCGCAAGGGCAAGGCUAAAACUUCGGAUGAGAUCUCGAGUUCUAAGCCUAAACCUGUUGGAAAGCCCAAGGCUAGCCCUGCCGCUUCUGACACUUGCCACCACUGCCAUAAGACUGGUCAUUGGCGGAGGAACUGCAAAUUGUACUUGGAAGAACUCAAAAAGAAGAAGGGAAGUAAGACUUCCUCUUCAGGGACUGAAAAGGACUAGGAAGUGUGCAAGAGGCGAAUUGGAUGCUCGCGUCGGUAAUGGUGCAAAAGUUGCUGCGUUGGCCGUUGGCGUUUACUCCUUAUCGCUACCCUCAGGAUUAGUUUUGGAAUUAAAUAAUUGUUAUUAUAUUCCUGCC